UUUCAGUUCAUCGUCUUAGCUGCCAUUACUUUGGCUCAGGCCGCCAAACUCGACAAGACCUACCUCCCACCCAACGCUCAGUCAUCAGCUGGAUCUGCCUUCCUUCAGACUCCUCGCCAGUCCAAUGGAUUCCAAGCCCAAACCACCGCUUACUCAAGCAAUGACUUCUCUAACGACGCCUACUCCAAAAACGGAUUCUCUGCUGACGCUUACAACCAGAACGGAGCUUACAACCAAAAUGGAGGUUACUCAGGAUUCGAAUCUCGUCCCGAGCGGGCUCAGGCUGCUUUAGAAAGGAACGCCGCCAUCCUCCGCUACGACAACAACAACGAUGGAGAGACUUACGCGUACGCUUACGAGACUGAGAACGGUAUCGUCGCUGAGGAGAACGGAGUCGCCACCAACGGAGUCCAGGCUCAGGGAGGAUACUCUUACACCGGAGAUGAUGGUCAGGUCUACUCUGUGAGAUACACCGCUGACGAGAACGGCUUCCAGCCUCAGGGCGACCACCUCCCCACCCCUCCCCCCAUCCCCGAGGAGAUCCUGAAGGCUCUAGAGCAGAACGCCCGCGAUGAGGCCGCUGGCAUCUACGACGACGGAUCUUACGCCGAAGCUAAGUACGCCGGCAACAGCCAGCCCCAGUAUUACAAUUCCCAAAACAACAACUACGAGAGCGACGACUCCGUUGUCACCAACAACGCCUUCUCCACCGACGACGCUGUGAACGGAGGCUCUAUUUCCGGCGUCCAGAAGGCUUACCUCCCCCCCGUCAAUCAGGCCAGCCAGAGGAGAUCAAGCUUCAACGCUAGAAGCGGCUACCGUUACUAGAUACUUUUGAAUAUUGAAUAGAGUUAAUAUAUUUAUCGAAAAUUGAA